CCUACCCCCACCAUACUCGCAAUUUUAGGAGUCGAAGGACUCGAGCGAGACCUUUUCAUCGAAGAAGUAACCGGCAUUGACCUCGCUGGCAGAGAUACGGCCGAUGGCGGCUCCACGGCUCGCGUGUUCAAGGGCAAGGCCGAUGGCAGAGAUUUGUGGCUCGUGGAUUGUCCGUCCUUGUCGAUGGCUGACGCGGGGUUCACGAAUGCCGUCCAGGCGGCUCUCGCCAAAGAAUCUACACCAGCGCAGCGCACAAUCGGAGGAGUGAUCUACCUUCAUGAUAUUACGGAUAAAAAGGCCAAAGAAUACGCGACUAGGAACCUAUCUCUCUUCAAAAAGCUGCUGGGGCCGGAAUCUCAAGACAAUAUCAUGAUCGUAACCACCUUAUGGGAUAUGCUUCGGACAACGGACGAAGGGACGCGAACCGAGGCUGAACUCAAAGCGGCUUACGGCAAUGCUUCCUCAUCGGCGACAGUGACCGUACGCCGGAUCCAAGAUUCAAGUAAUGAUGAAAGCAUUUAUGUCAGCAUCGUUCGAGAAUUCAUUGCGGUGGUCACUAUUUCGACAGGCAUUGAUGGCAACCAGUUUGCGAAGAUGUCUCUCCAAGAUUUGGUCAACAUCAUUGCUAGCAAAGAUAGCGAGCUGGUAGACCUCAAGGCCAAGUUCCAGGCUUCUUCUGCCACACAUGCCAUGGAAUUGGAGAAGGCGGUGACCGAAAAGCUGCGUGUAGCCAAGGAACUCGAUCAGGCCAGAAAAGCCGAAAAAGAGGUCAUCCAACUCAAAGGUGAGCUUCAGAAACAUAAAACGGACCAUGAAACCAAAAUCGACAACCUUGAGCGACAAUUCGAUGCUGAGAAGCGAGAUUUAAACAACAAGCUCCAGAAAUCAGAGGUAGAGCGCCUGGAUUUGGCCAGACGCCAGGAGGAGCUGUACCGGACUUUGGCGCGCGACCUUGCCAGUCAAACCCUAGGAACUACUGGAAUUACGCCUUUACACCUCGCUGCUAGGCGUGGACAGACAGAUCUUGAGGCUCUCAAUGCUUGGAGACGUACCCCUCUUCACUGUGCUGCCCGUUUUGGUCACCUCGAGGUGGUGAAGCUGUUAGUGAGUCGCAAUGCCAACAAAGAGGCGAGGCGUGAUACCAACGAGACACCUCUGCAUUUCGCCGUGGAGGAGAAUCGCUACUCUGUUGUUGAGUUUCUGAUAGAUGCGAAGGCAGACAUCAAUGCCCGCGGGGAUAGGGGUACUCCGCUGCAGUUUGCGUAUGCGAAGGGACAUUACCAAAUUGCUCAGCUGCUAGUCUCCAGAGGAGGAAAGAAAUGA